AUGGAGGAAAAUUUUGGGGAGAGAAUAGUGAAUAUGGAAGGAAAACUCGAAGCGGUGAAGAAUAACGUAAGAGGAUUGACAGCAGCUUUGAUUGAAGGUUUUGAUGAAAUGAAGGAUGUUCUUGUCAAGAUGGAGGACAGGAUAGAAGAAAACCCAAGAAAAAGAAGACGUACAGCAAGUGGUGAUAAGGAAAAUAUAAUUGUUGCUGGAGGCUGGGAUGACUCUGUAGAGAUGUUUAACUGGCGUCGAGGAACAUGGUCGCAAUUACAAUCCAUGCCAAAGAAACUUCAGGGAGCGACGUCGUUUGUUUACAACGAUCAUGUGACCAUAGCCGGAGGUGAUUGUCUUUAUUCUGACGAUCAUACUUCUAGCCAGUGUGUCGAUAAUCUGUUUACAAUGUAUAUCAACCCAAACCGUAAUCUCUCAAUACCCUGGUUUGAAUAUCCAGUUAAGCUGCUUGCUAAGUCGGCAUACCACAGCAGUGUGUUGUAUAAUGAUCGCUUGAUAGUCACUGGUGGUGGUUAUGAUGCAAAUCAUGUAUCCGACAGAAUUGAUGAAGUCCAGCUUGUUCCUCCAUAUACCAGCGAGACCUUAUCAAGAAUGCCAGAACCAAGACGGGGUCAUUGCACGCAAUUAUUUGAUGAUAACCUGUUGAUCGUUGGUGGAAGUACAACUGGCAGAUACCAAGACAGCCUCAGCAGUGUCGUACUGUAUGAUAUAAAAAAGAAAGAAUUUCAACCGUUGCCAGAACUACCGUAUAAAGUGAGUCAGAUGGCAACUGUGAGAUUGGGAUACAACAUCGUUGUUAUAGGCGGCCUUCACGAAAGGGGGGAAGCAUUAGAUACAGUUAUCAUGUAUAAUGUCGUGACACGAACACAUCACAUGCUGCCGUCAAUGAGAUGUAAGAGAUCUGGAUGUACUGCAGUUGUUAUUGGAAACAACAUUGUAGUACUGGGAGGGUCGAGUGGGCAUGAACCAUUAAAGUCAGUUGAAGCUUUCAACUUUGAAAGUUAUACUUGGGAAGAACUUCCAGAAAUGUCUAAAGCAAGAUGGCUUCACACAGCUGUUGUUGUGUGA